AUGACUGAUGCAAUCGACGAAUACUUUGAAGUAGCUCUAGAGCUUGUUAAAACUGCCGGAAACCUUAUAAUUGAAUUCAGAAAUGGUUGCAAAGAAUUUACAUCUAAAUCUUCCGAUAUCGAUCUAGUGACAGAAAUAGACAAAAAGGUUGAAGAUACGUUAAUUAAGGGCUUAUCGGCAAAAUAUCCUGAACACAAGUUUAUCGGAGAGGAAUCAGUGGCUGACGGUGCUAAAUGCGUUCUCACUGACGAACCAACAUGGAUUAUUGACCCAAUCGAUGGUACACUUAACUUCAUUCAUGGCUAUCCUAGCAGUUGCAUUUCACUCGGACUUGUUAUCAAUAAGGAAUCCGUUGCUGGUAUCAUUUACAACCCAAUUGUGAAUCAACUUUUUACCGCAAAGAAAGGUAAGGGAGCUUUUUUAAAUGGUAAUAAGAUUCACGUAUCUCAAGUAAAGGAGGUCCGUAAUGCACUUGUAUCCUUUGAGGCUGGAACUUCUCGUGAUGCAGAAAGACAGAGGAUUGUUUUGGAGAAUUUUAAAUUGAUAGUCACCAAAGCACAGGGAGCGAGGACACUUGGUUCUGCAGCUUUAAACAUGGCAAUGGUGGCUUUAGGAGGGUCCGAUAUUUACUUUGAGUUUGGUAUUCAUGCAUGGGAUAUUGCGGCUGGAGAUAUCAUAGUCAGAGAGGCCGGAGGUGUGUGUAUAGACCCAGCGGGGGGACCUUUUGAUGUUUUGUCUCGAAGAGUUCUCUGUGCUAGCAGCAAUGAGUUGGCUCAGGAGUUCUCCAAAAUGAUACACCAGUACUACCCAGAAAGAGAUUAAUUAAUAAAUGAAUAAAUUUUAUAUAAUUUAAUAAUUUGAAA